CAGGCAAAGCUCAGCGAUGAGGCACCAGAGAUAAACACCAGAAGGGCUGAGCUAUACUUCAUAUUAUUGUUAACUAAUCUGGAAUAAUUGCAAAAUAUGGUUCCUGAGUGUGUGAUGGCUUAAAUCAGAUUUAUCUUCAUGGUUUUUUGUAAAAACCAGUGACAUUCAUUUUGAAUUUGGUUCUUUAAAAUCAAAGGUAACACUAUGUUAUCCUUUAUCACAUCGCUUCUCCCGACUUCCUACCUCCUACCGGGGUGGUUGACUCUGGAAACCAAUCCACUAGAUGAUCUACUUCAAGGGCUGGUCGGUGCAUGUGGGAUCUCUGUGCUAUGCUCCCUGAUGAGAGUGCAUUUGUUUGUAGAGGAGGAAAGGAGUGAAAAAGAUGUAUCAAGCCAGAAUCAUCAAAGUGGAACUAAAAGGGGAUUUGCUGGGAUGCUGAACUUUUUCUUUGUGACUGGGAUUCUGGCUAUAGUGGGUUCACGUGUGGCCUCCCUGGUGGUGCUAGAAUUUUGUCUUCGGGCUAUCUCUGGAUGGGUUACAGCUGGACCAGAGUCUGGAAAAUUUCUGCAGCAGCUUUUAGUGCAAAGCCAGUUCUCUCUGGGCUGUGCUAUAAACUGCAGUUUGCACUUUCUCCACGAGGGGGCAUCGCAACGUUGGCUGUGCCUGCUCCUGGCAGCAGCACUCAGCUGGUUUCUGGCUCGGCAGGCCUCUCGCCUACUGCACCAUGUCAUGGCUCUGUAUAAACUCCACAGUUCACAGCGAUACUGCGGCAUCUGCAUCAGCCUCCUGACAUCAGGCCGCUGCCUACUGCCCAUGCUGUGCAGGGCUCUGCUCAUUACCUUCUCUGUGGCUGUGAUGGCUGCAGUAUCACUCAUCAAUCAACAGUUCCUCUCUGCAACAGAGGCCCUAAGGUUCUGGACACCACUGACUAUCUGCUACACACUGUUAGUGGUUUACAUGCAGGAGGAGCAGCACCGUCUGCCCAGCAGCCAGGCUGUCCUGAACACAGUGAUAGUUCGUCUCGGGGGUUUGAUGGUCCUGAUGCUGACUGUUGGACGCUGGUCCGACGUGCUUCACAUCCUAAUGUGUUUCCUGGGCGAGGCCAGCUGUCUAAUCCCCACCAUGGAUCUACUGGAUGCAACAUCCUCACGGGUCAGUGAGUCUCUCUGGAAGCAGCACACAGGGCUGAAAGCACUUUCUGCCCACCGAGACACAAAAACUGGGGCAGAAUAUCAAUGUGUUCAUUAGACUUGGUCCCAAGAUGAGACUGAACUUCUCAAAGUUGUAUCCCAGGUGGAGAAGGUUUAAGACCCCCAAGACAGAUUCAGGUCAAAGUAUUCUUUGCCAAGUUUUCCUUUCACUGAGCUAGCCUGAUUAAAUA